UUUCAUAUUAAAAAUUUUAUUAGCAUAAUAUCAAUUAUUGAUGCCGCAUUUUGGCUGUUGAUUACAAAUAAUAAUAAAUUAACAUAUCUGAAUGUAAUUUUACUAUAUUUAUCUUUCAGCAUAUUAGUAUACAGGACCAACAUAAAAUAAAAACAAUCCAUAAUAUUAAAUUUGCUUUUUAGAAGCAAAUAAUAAUUUUAAUAAUAAAAGGUUCUGUGAACACCGCCAAAAUUAUUUACUAUUCCAAAUACGAAAAUAUUUCUCCAAUGGCCAAGCCAGUGCUGUAUUCAUACUGGCGGAGCUCAUGUUCCUGGCGUGUUAGAAUUGCUUUAAAUUUAAAAGAAAUACCAUAUGAUAUAAAAGCAGUCAGCCUCAUCAAGGGUGGAGGGGAGCAGCACUGCAAUGAAUAUAGAGAAGUCAAUCCUAUGGAACAGGUCCCAUCACUGGUUAUAGAUGGGCAUACCUUAAUAGAAUCACUAAGUAUAAUGCAUUAUUUAGAAGAGACAAGACCUCAAAGGCCAUUGAUGCCUCAAGACUGCUAUAAACGGGCAAAAGUUAGAGAGAUUUGUGAGGUAAUAUCAUCAGGUAUACAGCCGUUACAGAACCUAAUCGUUCUUAUCCACGUGGGAGAAGAGAAGAAGAAAGAGUGGGCACAGCACUGGAUCACGCGUGGUUUCCGAGCCGUGGAGAAGAUACUCGCGUCCAUAGCGGGGAAGUACUGUGUAGGGGACGAGAUAUCGCUCGCUGACUGCUGUCUUGUACCGCAGGUGUUUAAUGCUAGAAGAUUCCACGUGGAUUUGCGUCCGUUCCCAAUAAUCCUGCGCAUAGACCGAGAGCUCGAGAACCACCCUGCAUUCCGCGCCGCGCACCCGUCCGCACAACCGGACUGCCCGCCUGAAGCCGCUAAAUAAUAUAUAGUGUAUGGGGUUGGGGGUGCGGGUGGGAUCAGUGGGAUGGCUGGGAUGAGUGGGAUAACAAGUUUGGGUGGGAUUGGUAUCAGCUGACAUCGUGUCAUUUGCGGUUUUGUUUUAUGUAGCUACGUAUUGCUUAUGCAGUGGGAUUUGUGAGAAGAGUGGAAGCCACUUAAUUAAUAUAUCAGAGUUAUUUGUGUUGUAUGCAUUGACGUUGGUGGGACAGGUAAUUAAAUAAAAAAGCUAUAAUGAUUAGGAUUUGUGCGUAGGUACUGAUAAAGUAUUUUUUGGGUUUCUUAUAUCAAUAAUACGUUAUGGUUGAUGGGAUAUGUAUUUUCAGUUAGGUGGGAUUGGUAAUACAGGAAUGUUUGUUUAUAGCGCAGUUGCGUUUUGGUGGUUUGGUGGUGAUGAGUGGGAUGUAUGGGAUUGCUACCAGCUAACAAUAAACUGAUCGUGCUUGACGCGCUCAUAGACGUUAAUAAAUUAAAAAAUGCCACCAAUGAUAAUCCGUGAGAUUGUUAGCGGUGGUGUUUAUAAUAAUUCGUGCACGGUAACUUUGCAAUAUUAUUAGAAGCCCACAAAUAAAUUAAUUUAUAAAGCCUUUUUGGACCAAAUCAUUUGAUUAUAGAUUUUGGAAUAGAUGUAAUAUUAUCUAUUAUCAAAAACGCUAUAGAUAAAUUGUAAUGUAAAACGUCGCCGCUAGCAGAAAAUCAUAGAGAUAUUAUGGAUAAAGAAAUAGAUACCAUUCUUUAUUUAGAAAAAGAGGGAAGAUUGUCGGCUAUUUGUCUCUUUACUCGCCAAAAGGACACAGGAAAAUCGGUGUAAAUCACAUGAUCACAUUUGGUAGAGUCUGGCCAGCCAGAGCUGAACCCAGUAAAGGGCGGCAAAUUUAAAAUAUAGACCUGCUGACCUGGUAACUUUUGAUAUUCAUAAAGGUGAUCAUAGUAUAUAGGUACAUUAGGUACACAACACAGCAGGAUUUAAACAUGAAUAAAGUAAAUGAUUUGAACCGUUUUCAACAAAACUGACAACUAACUACGCAGAAACGCCAUGAUGACAUUCCAUAAUGUGGCCGCUACAAAAAACACUGGGUUCAGCUUUGGCUGGCCAGUCUCUAGUUAUAUUCAAUGUUAGAAUUGUAUCUUUACAAAAUACCUACUGGCUUAUGUGAGAUGCUAUUUUAUAAUAAAUUUCUUGCUCCUUUGUAUUUUUUAAAGUACUUAAGAACUUUGAGUUACACAUAGUAAAAAAAUAUAACGUAAAAUAAUAUCAUAAAUAGCGACCAAUUACAUAAUCGUGUUAUAUUAUGAUGUGUUAUGUAAAACUACUCUUUGUUCGAAAAAUAUAUAGAU